UCAAACCUGUUGCAGGAGGAGACCAACCAGCUCACUUCCUUCGGGGGAAAAGGUGCCUGCGAACUGCUCGAGCGCCUGGGACGUAUGCAGAUCACCGAUGUGCGGGAGAGGGCGAAGGUGGAUGUGCUCAGAUGACCUUUUCCCCUUGGGCCAUCUUUUUUACACUGCUAUCUUGACACCGGCGUUUGUUGCGGUCUGCACAGCGCACCAUGCGGUGGGAUCCACCUGCUAUGUUUUUUCCCACAUGGCCUUUAUUGUACGAGUAUUGCGAUUGGGAGUGACCUGGAUCUACAGCUCCUUUGGCGCUGCUCUUGCGUUAUUUUGCACUUGGCGCUCCUUGAAACAGGGAGCGAGUAAGCGUGUGUCUGGUUCCAGCGUAUAUCCCAGGCAGCUUUUAUUCCGUCCCAGCGGUUUGUUGUGGAAAUGCGCGAUUCAUAGCACUGCAUUGCUGCAAGGCACACCCGCGUUAUUGUCCAUAUCUUGUUUUGGACAUUUCUGCUUUGUUGGCACCUGCCGUUUACGCGUCCCGGAUUCAUGCAGCGACAUGCUGCUGCAUCGCUGCUUGUUGGGGGAGAGGAAGGAGGAUUGUGCAUGGUUGCUGCUAUGUAGGAAGAGUCGCACUAUUUUUAGCCCCAUGGCCUUUUGUUCAAAUGCAUAUAUAUUGGGCAAUGUCAGGCGAAAAGGCGAUUUGCACAAUGUCCUAUUUUCGGUGACACUCGGGACAAGGGGUGCAUAGGACAGCAAGCAAGCAAGCGACGCAUGGUAAGCGUCUCUCUCUGGCUGUCUUGUGCGAACGAAAACAAAUCCUGCGUCACCCCCCGCAUCGCUUGUCUGGGCUCUUCCCUAAACGGAAUUGGGUGGGGAAGGGAAAGUGCCGCAAAAAUCGCCGAAGUCAUUGGCCUACACUCCAGCGAACCUUGGAUCUCGCCUUGCCAUAUCCAGAGUUCAUACCCAUUGGCUGCUAAUCUCCACCAGAAAGCGCUGGUCUUCCCCUCCCUCCCCAAACAGCUUGGAGCCGCUGCUUUACGAUUCCAGAUCCUAAAGCUGGUCGCAAUACACGUCAGUUGCGCAUUCCAGCGGACCGCACUCCGUUUG